UUCUGACGUAUUCUGUCAUUGAUUUGCAACACCACAAGCCCUCGCGUAUGUACCUCUUACGUGCGGAGCCAUCAAUGGACGGUGUCAACAAGCGCGCUGCGCGUUGCUCCUGCUCAUCUCCACCAUCCGGUUAAGCUGCGCUCUGGCCCCGUCUGUAUAGUCAAAUCCAUCAGGUUGAUGAGGCAACGCCAUUGCAACAUCACGGGCGCUCACUCGCUCUUAUCUCGCCUGUUCUCUCGACGGUCAGCUGCACCUCCCGCGCCACCUCCUCCCGCUACCCCGCCGCCUUCUGUCCCAACCCGCGCGCCAUCCAAGGACGCGCACCCAAUGAACGGAUCGUUGACGAAGGACCAGCUGCUCGAGGUCAAGGACGCCUUCGAGAGCUUCGAUCGAGACGGCAAUGGCAUGAUCACUGUGGACGAGCUUCGCGGCGUCAUGCACUCGUUGAACCGCCGCCCAACCGACGAGCAGAUCAUGGAAAUGAUCGACAAGGUGGACGUCGACGGUGACGGUCGCGUCAACUUCCGCGAAUUCCUCAUGCUCAUGGGCGCCGAUGCGUCCUUCUUCCGCCCCGACGACAUGGUCGUCGACGGCGCGCCCUCCGCCGCCGAGAAAGAGAUCAAGGAGAUCUUCCGCUCCUUCGACAAGAACGGCGACGGGACGGUCAGCGUGAACGAGCUGAAGGAGAUACUAGAGAGCUUCGGGACGCGCCUUUCACAAGGGCAGGCAGAGGCGAUGAUUAAUGCGGCCGAUACCAAUGGAGACGGCGUCGUUGGGUAUGAAGAAUUUGUCAAGAUGAUUACCUCUUGAGUUCCAGGUUGCGACUGCUUGCGCGUGAGCUUCCCCGAACAAUCAACAAUUAUUGUACAAUGUACUUCUUAUAUCUCGAUUACUCUUGCAAUCUAUCUGACCCAAUGCAGUCCGACUCAUCUGGUCCGUUCGGCAUAUCGAAAGCAGC